AUGCCUUACUAUAAUCUACUAUUUAUUUUUCUCCUUCCACAAUUAUUAAUUUUGAUUGCUGAAGUCUUAUCUACGGAAAAUAUUGAUAGCAACAAUGAUUGCUCCUGUCCUAAUGAAGAAAUUUUUGAUAGUGAUUGGAGGAAUGGUGUAUUCAAAAGCCCUGGAUUCUCCGUCGAGAACUGUGAUAAUCUGGACUGUAAAUGGAAUAUUCUACCAGAAGAAAAUACAUUUAUUUAUGCAAUGAUUGAAGGAGGAGAUGACAUUUUAAAUGUUUAUCAAACAAGCUGGAAUGGUUCAACAUUGUUGAAAUUUCAAAGAUCAAGUCUCAGCAGUGGAAGGUUUUAUAAUCCCUCUUAUAAUCUUCAUCUUUCUUCUUCAAUUAACGGAGGGCUUUAUUUCCAUUUUGUUGCAAACGGCAUUAAUCAUAAUCACACUGGAUUUGAAGUUACAUUUUCUCGAAGAUCCGAUGAUGGCUUAUCCCUAAACUUUCCAUGUCCACAACCAUUUUAUUUUGCGACAAAUUCUCCUCAACGUCUUCCAGCAUUUCGUCUUAGAAUCUUGGAUGGAUGCAUCUUUACCAUAAAUUCUACACAAGCAAUAAAGCUUAAAAUCGAAAAAAUCAACAAAACUUCAAAGUUUAACAUAUGGGUAUGUAAUAAUUAG